UUUAAAGCACAGAUUUCAAUGCAAACAUCAAUUUAUUUCCCUGUUUUAUAUGCAAAGUGAGCUUUAUGAAUCACAGCGUUACUGCUACCAGGACCCCAACCAAAUUCUCCCCUCCCCAAAUUCACAGGCUUUUCGUUUGAAUACCUGCUUACAGUGGUGUACAAUGGACAGCUUUGAGAAGAAAAAUUGAUAAUCUUCAUGGAAGAGUAAUUUGAAUGAAAUUGCACUUGACAGCCUGUCUCCAAGCAAGCAAGGAGAGUGAGAGGAGCCUUUGCUGAGCUCCAAAGACUUGCCUAAAAUCAGUGCACUUGGAGCUUCCCGGGGAAAAUAAAUUCACAGCUUCCUCAACAUAGGAGGGAAGCUUUUGACUCAACCUGUGCCACAGUUUUUAGUGAAGAAAGGUAGCCAUGGAAGAAAAUAUGGAAGAAGGACAGACACAAAAAGAUAUGAGCAAUAGGACAGGGAGAGAGGAAGAAAUCUGCUUGGUUAACAUGAAUCUCACUUGUCAUCGUUUAGGUUGUUUUGAAUGCUGUAUCAAGUGCUUGGGGGGCAUUCCUUAUGCGUCUCUGAUUGCCACCAUCUUGCUGUAUGCUGGGGUUGCUCUCUUUUGUGGGUGUGGACAUGAAGCCCUCUCAGGAACAGUGAACAUUCUGCAAACCUAUUUUGAGAUGGCAAGAGCUGCUGGAGACACUCUUGAUGUUUUCACAAUGAUUGACAUUUUCAAAUAUGUGAUCUACGGAGUAGCAGCUGCCUUCUUUGUUUAUGGUAUUUUGUUAAUGGUGGAAGGAUUUUUUACAACUGGUGCCAUCAAGGAUCUCUAUGGAGAUUUCAAAAUCACCACUUGUGGCAGAUGUGUCAGUGCUUGGUUUAUUAUGCUGACUUAUAUCUUCAUGUUGGCCUGGCUGGGAGUUACAGCCUUCACCUCUCUGCCCGUUUACAUGUAUUUCAACCUGUGGACCAUUUGUAAAAACACCACUCUUGUGGAAGGAGCAAAUUUCUGCUUGGAUCUCCGUCAAUUUGGAAUUGUAACAAUUGGAGAAGAAAAAAAGAUUUGUACAGCAUCUGAAAAUUUCCUCAGGAUGUGUGAAUCUACUGAGCUGAACAUGACAUUCCAUUUGUUUAUUGUAGCCCUUGCUGGGGCUGGAGCAGCUGUCAUUGCUAUGGUCCACUAUCUUAUGGUUCUGUCUGCUAACUGGGCCUAUGUGAAAGAUGCUUGCAGAAUGCAGAAGUAUGAAGAUAUUAAAUCAAAGGAAGAGCAAGAACUACAUGAUAUUCAUUCUACCCGCUCCAAAGAGCGGCUUAAUGCCUACACAUAAGGGAAACCUUGUCUUACUUUCUACCAUUAUUUGCUUUGUUGUUUAAAUAAAGGCCACCCAUCUUUCCAUUUUUAAAAUCAAAAUGAAAAAGUGCUUCUCACAAAACAAAGUAGGGUGACUUGUACAUUGCCCCUAUAUAAUUCUUGGUUGUCCUGCACUUGGUUUCUUAAUUAGUUAAUAGCUUAUGUGAUCAGUUUCUACUACAAAGCUCCUGAAACAGCCUUCCCUGCAUCCUAAAAUGGUUUUCUGUUAGAUCCAGAAUACUUAACUAUCGUCAAAUACAGAGAUGUGUUUUUUUAAAAACCACUUCAUAUGUGUUACACAUAACACUUUUUUUCUUAUAUGUUUUUGAAAAAGAACAAAUGGCUUUUUAUACUUUUUAGUUUGGAUUUUAGUAAGUACUUUAACUACAGGUAUACUUCUAAGGGACCACUCGUACCCCAUGUACAAUUUUUUGAGGAGGCACACUGCUGACAUUCCUUCAGAUUUGGAAAUCUUACCAGAUGGACCAGUGGGCAUCUUGAUGGAGGGUCCUGAGAACAUUUUAAAAACAAUUAAAGGUGCAAUUUCUAAAUUUGUAAGAGUAGGUAAAAAACAAAAAGAAGUGCUUCUUAUCUUUGUUAACAUUGUAUUAUCCUUGAUGUACUUAAUGGAGUAUUCACUAUUUUAAAGUUUCAUUGAUAGCUAUUCCUGUUUAUAUUGUGAGCAUGCAGACCGUGGUGCUUGUAAUGCAUGGCCAUGCGUCUUUUUCAAAGCGUAUGAUGACCACAGUUACCUUCAAGAUUUGCAGUGUAUAGACAAAUGUUACAUAGAGUUAUGUAUAGGUUUCUACAGAAUGACCUCUGUAAUCCCAAAAUGGCGAUGCUAAACUGGAGCUGUUAAUGUGCUGAUCUGCGCAAUUUUUGCUUAGCUAUAUUUAUAAAAAUACUAUAUAAUACAGCAACCUUAAGAGCCAGAGUCUUUUUACCUGCUUUAAACAAUUAAGUGGAUUGCACCUGUCUGAACUAUACAUAGAAUGUAUGUGAUCUUUUUUGAGGAGGCUUCCAUAAUUGUAAAAGCUUGGCUUGUAGCUUUCCUACACACAUACUGGUUUACCUGUAUAAUGUUAAAGUGGAUUUAAUGGCUGCUACUGGAGCUAUUGUUUGGAAAUGUUAGUAAUAUAUUUAAACCUUUAUUUUCAGUAAGAAAGUAUUAAGAGAAAAGUCAGUCAUGUUAAUCUGAAAGAAGUACCUGUUUAAAAACAAACAAAAACACAUAAAAACAUACAAAACAUUUUUAAAAAGUAUUAUUGGACCAAAUUUGGUGUUUUUAUUUUUAUUUUGCCUAUUUCUAAUGCUACAAGAAUGCUGUAAAGUGUCUUUUAAAGUGAUGUAUUCUGACAAGACAUUUUUGUCAGUGUUUUUAAAAAAACCUAGCUAGUCUGUGCACUUAUUGGAUCAUUGUGAAUUCUUUCUCAGUGUAAGUGCAUUUCUAAUAAAAAUUCUUGAGUAAAACUCUUCUUUGUACAAUUACUAGUCAUGCAUCAUCAGUAAUUUUUACCAAUUCUUGUAGUAAGUAGAGGGUAAUUCAAUAGUUACUUGUGGCAUGUUUAUGCAUCAAGUUGUAUUAGUUCAUUUUGCAUUUUUUACAUUUGUUUUGUUUUGAUUUUAUUUUAUUUUUUACACUUUACUGUCUUAUAAGAGGUCAACAUUCCAAAAUGUGCAGUACCAGUAUUUACAGUUCUGCAGAGGUAUUAUUAACUUCUUUCUAUUCUAUAUUGUAGUGUUUCAGUUUUGUGUCUUAAAACAGUUUGUGAUGCUUUUUAAAAUGUCUUUUAAACUCAUGUAAUGAUGUUGAUGCUUUUGGCUUUUCUCUGUAUUAGAGUUUGUAUUUUCACAAAGAAUGCUUUGUAGCAGGCAUUAUAAUUAAUCUGUUUUGUACAUAAAUGUGCCAACAGCUUGAUGGUGGCGUUUUUGAACUGUAGAACCAAGUGCUUGCAAAAAUGUAAUAAAUACACUUGUGUACUUUGUGUACUUA